UGAGGGACCCGCCCGCUCUCCCGGCGCUGUCACCGUUUGGGGCCGUCGGUUUGGGGCUUUAACGGGUUCUGCGCCGCGUGACACGAUUUUUUAACGUAUUGUAACAGAUGCGAUGUUAAAGGACGUUCAGUUUUCUUUUGAUGACUAGUGCGGGUGGGAUUUUUAGUGUGGAACCCAUUUCUGCUUUAUUUGCAGGUACUGUCAGGCCGUGAGGGCUUUAGUGGAACUAGAAAUGCAGUAAAGCAGUGGGUGAGGCACAGAAUUAAAUCUCAGCAUCUGCAAGCUUUAAACAGAGUGCCAGUGUAUUAAAGGGUGGAGGUCGUGGGUUUCCAAGGAAGCUGGAUAUUUCAGCGCUGUAAGCAGUAAAAUGUUUGCCAAACUGAAGAAGAAGAUCGCGGAGGAGGCAGCGGUUGCCCCCAGGCCGGGAGGGACUGCCCGGAUCCCCAGGUCUGUCAGCAAGGAGUCCAUCACGUCGGUGGGAGCAGACUCCGGAGACGACUUUGCUUCUGAUGGAAGCAGCUCCAGAGAGGAUCUUUCAUCCCAGUUGUUCAGAAGAAAUGAACAAAUAAGAAAACUGGAGGUGAAGCUGUCUGAUUAUGCUGAUCAGAUCCGAAACUUGCAGAAGAUAAAAGAGAAGCUUGAAAAUGCAUUAGAGAAGCAUCAGGAUUCCUCCAUGAGGAAGUUUCAGGAGCAGAAUGAAGCUCACCAGGCCAGUCGAGCCAAGAUGGCUGAAGGAAUGGCUUUGGCCUUGGAACAGAAGGACAAGGAGUGGAUGGAAAAACUGGGUCAAGUUGAAAAGGAAAAAAAAAUGCUCCAAAUACAGUUACAAGAAGUGAGGGAGCAGAGUUUGAACCUUUUCCAAAAGCGAGAUGAAAUCGAUGAACUGGAGGGCUUUCAGCAGCAGGAAAUUGCCAAAGUUAAACACAUGCUUUUGAAGAAGGAAGAGUGUCUGGGCAGAGCAGAGCAGGAGCUGGAGGCGAGCGCUCGAGAGCUGACCCGCGCUAAGGCGGAGCUGCAGGAGGCCAGGAGCGAGGCCUCAGGCCUGGGGAAGGAUCUGCAGGAGCUGCAGCAGCAGUUCUUGGAGCUGCAGGCACAGAGAGAUGAACUAAUGACAGCGGAGACAAAUGCAGAAAAUAAGAUCACUGCUCUGGAGUUAAGAGAACAGGAGCUACAAACUGUCAUUCAGCAGCUUUCUGUAGACUUGCAAAAUGCUCGAGUUGCUGGUUCUGGUUGUGAGAAGAGACUGGAAGUGUUACAGGCAGAGCAUGAAUCCCUGAAGGUGGAAUAUGAGCAACACAAGCAAAAGAUGACUUUUGAAUUUGCUGAGAGAAAUAAAUUUAUUGAACAGCUGCAGGAAAAAGUGUCUUCCCUGGAAAAAAAGCUAGAAAGGAAUCUCUCAGGAGAUGAACACGUGCAGGAGCUGCUCAAAGAGAAAGCUGCUCUUGAGCAGAGACUGGAUGAGACCAGGCAGCAGGUACUGACAGACAGAACACAUAACACCGAGACUCUGAACCGGUUGGAAACACAGAAUAAAGAACUGGAACAAAAACUACAGAUUGCAACAGAAGCAUUGAAAAAGAGCAAAGAAGCAGCUGCUGAGCAGGAUCUGAAGAUCCAGAAGCUGCAAACUGAUCUAAAGCACGAAAGAAGUCAACUGCAACAAAAGAUUUCAAGUGAGAAACAUCAGCAUGAUCAGAAGGUUGCUGGGCUGGAGUCUCAGAUUGCUGCUCUUGAAAAAGCUCGGGAAUUGGAUAAAACAGCGUCUCAGCACAGGAUUAGCCAGUUGGAAAAAGAAAACGGAAAUCUUACCAGAAGCAGAGAAGAGUGUGAGGGUUCUUUAAAACAGCAAGAGGCUGAACUGGACAGGCUAAAGAAUGAGUUGAGCAGUAGAGAGACUGUCAGUGUGGAAAUUGCCAAAGCACUGGAAGAAACACGGAAACAGAGAGAGGAAUUACAGCAGCAGGUUUCACAUCUGAAUGCUCUGAUAAAGGAGAAGGACCAGCUGAUAGAUGAAAAAUGUGAUCUGCUGCUAAAACAGAAGGAAGAACUGAACCAACUCAGUCAAGAUCACGAAGCUGCCUUGCUGCAGGUGAACCAGUUGCAGUCUGACAUAGAAACAAGUCAGAACCAAGCAGUGGAGAAAGAGGAAAUGGCAAGAAAGGAAAUUGAGGAGCUGAAGUUGCAGGUACAGGAGUGCCUGUUGGCCAGAGAACAUGAGAAAGAUGUUUUAGAACUGGAGGAGUCAACAAGGACCUUGAACAAUGAGCAUUUCCCUUCUCCAGAAAAUUGUGUGGUGGAACAGAAUGGAGAGGUGGCCGCUGCAGAUGUCAUUCAACUUCAGAAGGAUAACAGAGAGCUGGAACAGCAAGUUGCUGAGAAAAACAAGAUGAUAAAGCAGCUGCAGCAAAGAAUGACAGAACUCAAGAAAACCCUUCAGAAAGAGCUGAAAAUCAGGCCUGACAGUGAGGUCCCUGAGCUCCGUGAGAAAGCCAGUUCUGAAGUGCCUAAUGCUGCUGUGACUGUCACCAACAACUCGGAUCUGAACGACUCGAGGGAGAUAAACUUUGAAUACCUUAAACAUGUCGUACUAAAAUUCAUGUCCUGCCGGGAAUCUGAGGCAUUCCAUCUCAUUAAAGCUGUGUCUGUGUUACUGAAUUUUUCACAAGAGGAAGAAAACAUGCUCAAAGAAACUUUGGAGUACAAGAUGUCCUGGUUUGGGUCGAAGCCGUCUCCCAAAGGCAGCAUCCGGCCGUCCAUCUCGAGCCCGAGGACUCUGUGGCCUUAAGGGAACCUGAAGGUGGAGUCAGCACCCAGGCACUUCUUUCUGUGAAAAGAACGCUGAACACACUGCUCCAGGUGUGUCUUAAUCACUGUCAUUGCAGUAUUUUGUACAAGAACUUCUGGCUCUGUUUACAAAACUAAUACUGUGCAAGGAGAAGUUUUCCCUACAGAUGGCCACUCCUCUGGGCUGGACCGGGGACCGUCCCGGUGUCUGUGACGGGAGCAGCUCCUUGUGCUCCCCAGUCCUGUGUUCUUGGCGCCAAAGGGUGAUGACAGCCUCACUGACAGCAGUGCUGGUGGGAUGUGAUUCCAGCUGCUGUUCCAGAGUGCUGGAGUUGAGGCACUCCAGGCACUGCUUGUGUGGCUGUGGGAAACCAGCAAGGAAAAACGUGUUGGCAGAACUGUGCUGAGUGUGUGAUGGUUUGCAAAGCCUUUCACGGGACAGGAGCAGGAGCUUUAACCAAAAAAAGAACUCUGCCUUGCCUUCUUAUACUGACAUAACUAAUGGUUGGCAUUUUUUCAUAUCACUGUGUAAUUUAAGGUGCACAUAUCCUGGCCUGCAGCCCUCAAGGCUGCAUGUUGAUGAUGAUUAUUUAAUUUGAGAGCACAACUUUAGAGUUGUCUGAUUUUACUUUUCUUAAAGAAAAAUAAUAUUUAAAAUGGUCUUAAUUCUAGUACCUAAUCCUCAGUCGCCUUUGAAACUAAUCCAUUAGCCUGUUCCAUGGGUUGUUAGCAGUGGGAAGAA